CCUAGAAAAACAGGUUUGUCUUUUGUUGGGUGGGAGGGAAUAUGAAAAUAGUGUAAGAGAGUAAGCAAAUACCUUUUCUCCUUCCUGUAUGGCACAAGUGCUACAGUAUUAGACAGCAAGGAAAAACCAAGCUAAAAUAAAAGAUAUCAGAUGAUAUUCAAUGGGGCCAACUUUUAAGUUCCUAAUUUUGAACUUGUGCUGCAAUGUUUUCAAGAGCCAUCAAUUCAUCAAGAAUCAUUGCGUGCCAUGGCUUCAGAGUUUCUUUGUAUUGGCAUAGUGAAAUGUUUUGCAUUUAACAAGGAGGAACGCAUAAUAACUGACAAAUUGCAAUGGAUUCAUCUGCAUCUGUUAACUCAAAACCAACAAAAAGUAUACCCGGAACAAUGAUUACAAAGUCGGCAGAUUCCAUAAGCCAAAUGGGACUGAUCAAAUUGACUGUAAAAGACUAUAUGAGCUCACUGCAUACAUAUAUGGAAACACCUCCUGUAUCAAGAUGGGACAACCUCGCAAAACCGGAUUUUCGCUAUCCAAAAAGCAUCCAAGAUCUUCUCAAAUUAUGUGAAGCUGACCCAGUCGAGCUACUUAUUGAUUUGGGGUUUGGGAUAGAGGAACCUGAUCUCUGCACCAAAAUUCCUUCACGCUUUAUCAUGAACCCUUCUGAAGCCAAGGGAAUAAAUAUUCGGGUCUUCCUUGAAGCACAAAGGAAACGUAUGGACAUUGAGAAUCCUAAUUUGUGUGGCCGAUUCCGUCAGCUAGAAGUCCUUGAGCAGGUCACAAAUGCAUUUUCCUCUUUGCUGAAUGAUGUUCACACUCUCCAGAAUGGACAUGGGGUUAAAGAUAAAGGAAAAUCAACAUUGACUCAGGAAAAACGUAAACGAAUACGUCAACUUCUCUGGAAGUUUUCCAAACAAAAGCUAGCUGACAAACAGGAACAGGUUAUAAACCAAUGCCCCAAUACAAUGGAACCUUCUGAAAAGCAAGAUGAUCUAGGAGCAGCAUUAAAAGACAUGAGUAAAACAAAAGGUUUUAGGAAAACAAAAAGACGUGUUCAUGAACGUGGCAAUUUAGAUAUUGCAAACAUAAAACAAAUGCCAUCAAGCUACAAUAUAGAUUCAAUACAUGUUCAUCAGAAAGAAGAUAAUCCCCUGAGUACAAAGCGAGAUACUUCUAAACGUAAUCCUGUGAAACAACAUAGCCUACCUGCUGAACUUCCAAGCAAAAGCAGGACAUACCGGGAUCCAAAAAUACUAUCAAGAACAUGCGGAAGGACACCUGGCCAGCAAGUGAGGCAUUUGAGUAAAACCUCUUUUGAUAUAGAAGAGGUUGCCAGCAUCGAUGAAGAAUAUCUGAAAACAUGCAGCACUUCAGACAUGGCAAGAACCAACAGUUGCCAAUCUGACAGUAGUGGCUUUCAAGAUGAACCACCAGAAUCUUCACUAAAUGGACUUAGAAAUGUUAUUAUGAAUUCUGAUAGUACUGACAGCCAAGCAACUCUCAUGGAAAAUAAUUACUCCCUUAAAGAGAGUAGGCUCUCUCAUAAUGCAAACAACCAAGCAAUUGAUAUAGGAUACAGAAAUAUUGGAAACACAUCUAGCAAUGCUAACGCACUUCAGACAAGCAAAGAAAAUCACAGAGUUUUUUCAAUAAGUUCUCAAACCAGUAAUGAGGAAUUCCAGAGCUUUGAAAGUCACAAUGAAGGCAUUGAAAAAUAUAUUGGAAAUGAAACUGAAUGUGAAAAAAUGCUGAAAGAUGGGAGUGAGGAGAUUGAAAGUGGCAAUCGAGAAGCUGAGGAUGAAAUGGAUGAUAAUCAUAAUUGUAGCUCAGAGUUGCAAGAACCCAAUGAUAUAUCAGAAGUUGACUUCCCGGUUUAUAUUACACACUAUCUAAGCAAAAGUGUGGGACGUUAUAACACUUAUGAUUUGUUAAAUGACGGGCAAAUGCAAGGCAAUACUGAUGGAAGUGUAAGUGAUUUGAAGAACAAAGGGAAUAAAAAAAAUGGUCAGCUUAGUAAAAAUGGCAAGGACUAUCUUGAUAGCUCAGUGGAAGUAUCCGAAAUGGAAAGUACAUCUUUUACUGCUUUAAAUGAAUUGCACAGUCUAAGUUCUCCAUUCCAGGCUCCAAGUGGGUCACCAGAAAACAGAGAUGAAGAAACAAAUUGUUCUUCCAAAGAUCCACAAAACACUUUCCAGACAGAAUUAAGCACCAACAUUUAUAAGUCUGUAACUAUUCAGAUGUCUUCAUCUUUAAUGUCAGAUACACAAAAGACAUAUCCUGGUGAAUACUUAAAUAGGCAGCAUACUUUUUACUCCAUGAGAUCUGAAACAAACCAAGAAGAUGUUGCAAUAAAAAAUAACAUAGAAAUAAAGGAUGUCUAUUGCCAAACUGACUUGGGAUGGUGGCAUCAAAGCUGUACUAACAAUCACUGCACAAAUUCAAAACAUUUUCAAACAGAUUCACAUUCUUUUGAUACAGGUCUUUGUGGUCUGCAUCCUUGUCAUGCAACACUUCCACCUGCUUGUAGGCACUGUUGUCAUUAUUGCCACUGCCACCACUGUUGUUUUUCAGGAUUUUCCUCAUAUUAUAAUCAAAGUGCAUCAAUGAGACCUAACCUAAUUCACAACAGCAUAGAAAAGGAUCUGUCAGACACAUUGGCAUUACUGAAAGAGUCACUUUCAAACCUGUCACUGAAUACAGAUCGUGAUAUGGAAAAAAUGAAAAAAGAAUGUCAGAGAUUUCGAGAUCAGUUAUUAGAAAUGGAGCAGCGUUUGACUGAGCAACAAGCUGGAUGUUUCUAUACAUUAUCAGAUGAAGAUAGGGAAGAAAUCAGAAGACUGUAUUUGUUACGUCGAAGUGUUUUGAGGGAAGUUUCAGAACUGGAAUUUCACUUGGAUGAAAGAGCACGGAAUGUUAAGGAGACCAUAUCAAUGCAACUUGAACAGGUCUUGGAUGAGCAAUCAAGACUUUAUUCUGAGCUUGAGUUAUGCAACUGGGAACAAGAAAGAAGACAAUUACAACAUUAUGAUAGUACCAAGACUAUGAGCAGUUUUACAUCAUCAGCAUCUGCUAGUUAUGACAUAAAUGAGAAUGCGCAUGCUCCCAUUUUGAAAUCAAAUGAAAUGGACAAAACAGAGACAUCAAAGUCACAGACACAAAAGACAGACUUCAUUGCCAUUUUAGAGAAUAUUAAGAAAGCAUUCAGAAACUUCAACAAUUCUUGAAAAUAUUGCAAAUUGUGGAUGAAGACAAUAAAAGGUGGAUGUUGCCAUCUCACAUUCUUUGUGAAGGAUCACUAUGAAGCUAACGGUUACUCUUGUUUAGCAUGGGUUUUAAAAUGUUAAGGCACACUAUCUAGCACUGAAAUUGUGUUCUGUUUAUUCAGUACUCAGAAUGUAUUGUUUGUUGUGGAACUAUUUAUUUGAAUUGAUUUUCUGAAAUAGUGACUAUUUCCCUACACUGUCCUUUCACAGAAUAAAUUUCAAAUAUUACAUGUUGUACACAUUCUACAUGAGCACAGAUUGUCUGUGGAGGAGUAAUUGUACAUGAUCUAGGUGCUUUAGGACUUAAUUGCCUAUUACCAGCCUAUUUGGCUUAUGCACUAAACUUUCAUUUUGCGGAGUCAGAAUAGUACUCCAUCUCAGUUAUUGACACUAU